AUGCCGGAACUCAACGUGCUCAGAGGUUUGCUUACGGGUCUGCUUUUGACGGCAAGCACCCUCGCCGUUCCCGUCAAGCCUGCCUCCAGCCACGAUAAUACUCCCACUCAUCCAGGGGCAACAUGCGCCACGUUCACUGUGCCCGUGAGCGUCAGCCUCAACAACUCGAUCUUCUCCGGUCCGCGUGUUGAUAACAACAUCGAUGCGGUCAACUUUGUCUGGGACGCAGAUGCAUGGGACCACCCUGCUGGUCCGGCUCGGAUCGUAGGUAGCGUGUUGGUCCAAGAAAUCUACAAUGUCGAGGCCCAACUGUGCGUUCCGUUGGCCAGUGCAGGAAACAAAAGAGAGAUUUUGCAGGUUGCCACCCAUGGAGGUGUUUUUGAUAAGAGAUACUGGGAUUCGACGUUCGAGCCAGACAACUACUCUUUUGUGCGCGGUCAGCUAAGCGCAGGCUAUUCGAUCUUGACCUACGAUCGCCUCGGUGUCGGCGGAUCUGACAAACCAGACGGCUAUACUCAUGUCACCAUUCCAACCCAUAUCGAAGUCCUGAAGGAUCUGUCAUCCCAGAUCCGUAGUGGAAAGUUCGCGGAAUUGGCGAAGCUGUAUAUGAAACCUGAGGAGGUGCCGAUGUUCUCGAAGAUCGUGCACAUAGGCCACUCGCUCGGCUCUGCCACGACCAUUGGAUUCCUCGGUCGUUACGGAGACCUCGGUCUCAGCGACGGCACCAUCCUUACCGGUUGGAUCAUUGCCAACACUACGCCGUUUGGUCAGGCUGGCUUCGGCUGGGAGUACGGACCGGAGCAUGACCCGGUCAAGUACGCUGGUGCAAGCAGCGGAUAUCUGAUCCCCGGAACUGUAGGCAACAUCCAACAAGGCUUCUUCAGCGACCAAGGACUGCUGGACCCGAAUGCGCUCCAGUUUGCCAACGAGAUCAAGGCCACUAGCACGGUUGGAGAGUUCCAAUCAGCCUACGUUGCUGCCUCUUCCUCGGUCCUAGGCUACUCAGGACCUCUGUUGUAUUUCCUCGCCGAGUAUGACAUGCUCAUCUGCCAUGGAGACUGCAAUAAUGCGUGGGAUCCGCAGACGGUGCAGCAAUUCGUCCCACACGCCUCUCCUAUGGACAUUCACAUCCAGCCCAAAACGGGACAUGGAAUCCCUCUUCACAAGAAUGCCACGGCAGGGUUCUCAGUCGUGGCCGACUGGUUGGGCCAGAAUGGUCUUUGA